AUGUGGUUGUCUUGAAUUUUUCGUGUGCUGCCAGGGACGAGGCUGAUUUCUUAGGGGAUCGCAUUGCUAUUAUGGCUGAUGGUCAAUUGCGAUGCUGUGGAUCUUCUCUGUUUUUGAAGAGCAGGUACGGCGUUGGUUACCAUCUGACAUUGGUCAAAAAGGAAGGCUUCAAUGAGAACAUUGCCAUCAAUGCUAUCAAGCGAGUUGUUCCAUCAGCUGAAAUCCUCAGCAAUGUUGGCGCUGAAUUGGAGUUGGUCCUAAACAGAGAUGCAGCAAAGUCUUUUGAGUCUUUAUUUCUCGACCUGGAAACGAAGAAAGAGGAAUAUGGKAUUGCCAGCUUUGGAGUGUCUGUCACAACUAUGGAAGAAGUCUUCAUAAAAGUUGGAGAGGGAUCAGAGAAGACCGUCGAAGACAUUGCGAUUGAUCACCAUCAACACAGGGAUACCGACAAUAUCAUUGAAAUGUCAAAUAACGGAGAACCUAUAAUGGGCGAAUUAUUGAAAGGGCUUCCAUUGAAAUGGCAACAGUACAAAGCGAUGUUAAUGAAAAGGUUUCUCAACUCCAAAUUACUAGUGCCUCUUUUUCUGAUUCUCUUCGGCUUGCUAAUAGCCAAUAUCAACUUUUUAUCGAGCAAUGGAAAAGAGCCUCCUCGUGUACUCUGUCUGUCCAACCUGAGCACUGAUGACAGCAACGUGCUCGCAUACUAUGCAGAUUUCCACCAACCUGAAAAGGACUUUAAGGUCGCAAGAGAUUUCCUUAAAUCUAUUCGUGUCGAUGCAGAAGACAUCCUUGAUGACGUCAAAGCUAUACAUUUGGGAAACAUGAACAACAGCAUUGAAGUCAAAGGAAGAAAAUACACCUACACGACGCCCACCAAAAAUAAAACUACAGCCUGCUGUCAAUAUCAGUUUCUCAUCUUAAAUAAAAAAUGCAAAAGUGACUUCAUGAGCAAAUCACUAACUUCUGAUACAUGCUCUAAGAACAAAAACUUUGGGUACACAAAAUGCAAGGAACAGAAUUGCUUGCUUUCAAACUGGUGUCCAGAUUCUUUGGAAAAUACAAAUCUCGAUGACAUGAAUGUGUACUUCAGUGAAUAUGUCCUGGAGAAAAGUAACAACAAGGAUUACUUUAAGAAACACGUGGCCGGGUUUACAUUUGGGCAUGCCCAUAACAUCAAGAAUGUCCACACCUCUAAUAACGUAACCAAUACAACCAAAUCUGUUGUUGUCAUGCCUGACACAAAUUCUACAGUCUGGUACAGUAACAAGGGCUAUCAUACAAUCGCUGAUGCACUGAAUGCCAUGUCCAAUAUAUUGUUACGUCGACAUAGAGUUGAUGACUUAAUCGAAACUACUAAUUACCCAAUACCACCAAAGAAAAAGGUAACUUUAAAACAUUUUAACUUUUUUAGCCACAUUGUUUUUAUUUACCAGCAUGCUUGGACAAAGAAAGAAAAAAUCAANGCACCCAACACCACAACAAAGUCUCAAAGUGCAAGACCAUCAACAGCAAGACAACCGGAAAAGGCUGGCGGCAAAGCGCCUUCAGUUGUGAAGUCUUCUCGUGAUUCAGUAUCAAAACCCAGCUCUAAAACAACAGCCAGACCCACAGUAAAACAAACAACAGCGCCAUUAAAUGGUAAAGCUAGACCAGCUAGUGCUCUGUCAACUAAACAAAAGCCACCUACAGGCUCCACAAGGCCAAAACGUGAGUCUAAAGGAAAUGCUAAAAAUCCUGUGUCCUUAAAAGAUGUUAAGCCUGUUCCUAAAGCAGAGACAUCCGCUGAUUCGGAAAAUGUGGAGAAGUCGUGUGAUCCACAAUCCAAAGUUAGUAACAUAGAAUCUGGUGUAGGCAACAAUGUUGGCGAAAAAAGUGAAACUGUAACAUAA